AUGCCUGAACAUCUUCCACCUCCGCACCCAACUAAGGCCAAGGCGACCGAGCAGUCCACCUCCGCCGCCGUCGCCGGCGAAUUUGACCCCGCCGUGCCAUGGUACGCGCGGGUGUGCACCCUGACGCGCCUCCGACGGCACCGGGAGGCCCUUGCGGUCCUACGCCAUGCCGACCCUUCGCCGCCGCCGCACGCCAUGGCGCUGCCAUCCGCGGUCAUCUGCUGCGCGGCGCUCUCCCUCCCCUCCGGCGUCGCGCAGAUACACGCGCUCGCUGCCAAGCGCGGCCUCCUCCCAGCCUCCGAUGCGUACCUCCUCACCGCGCUGCUCUCUUCCUACUCACGCCUCGGCCUCCUCCGCUGCGCGCGGCAGCUGCUCGACGAAAUGCCCCCUGCGUCCACGCCUCCCGCCACUGUCCUCGCCGCAUUCAACUCUGUCAUCUCCGGAUGCGCGCUCCACGCACUCACCCCCGCCUGCUUCGCCAUCUUCCACCGUAUGCGCGUGCACAUGGCCGGCGUCCGCUUCAACGCAGUCACGCUCCUGGCGUUACUCCCGACUGCUCCUACCACCGUCGUGCCGCAGCUUCAUGCCCUCGCGGCUCGAUCAGGACUCGCCUCCGGGACUACCGUGGCCAACUGCCUCAUAUCUGUGUACGGCCGCCGCAACGCCGCUCUUGCUUGGCAGGUUUUUGACGAGAUGCCGCUGGCCUCCCGUGAUCUCGUCUCGUGGACCGCCGUGCUCUCGGCCCACGCACAGAAUGGUCUUGCUGUGGACGCCCUCGAUCUCUACCGCCGCAUGCGUGGCCACGGUGUGGAACCAGAUGCUCUGACGCUGGUGGGCGUGCUCUCCUCCUGCGCACACCUUGCCGCCCGUAGUGUUGGCCUGGGCGUGGAUCACUACGUGCGGGAGAGACUACCGGGGUUUCGUGCCAAUGUGCAGCUCUGCAGUGCGCUUAUCAACUUCCAUGCACGCUGCGGCAGCUUGCCCCAGGCGCAGCAGCUGUUCGACGAAAUGCCCAAGAAGAGCAUCAUGUCGUGGACGGCGCUGAUCACCGGGUAUGGCAUGCAUGGACAUGGUGACAUGGCCAUUAAUCUCUUCCAAAGGAUGGUGUCGGAAGGCAUACGGCCAGAUAAUGUCGCAAUGGUCGCUCUCUUGUCGGUGUGCAGCCACGCCGGGAAGUAUGAAGAGGGGUGCAAGUACUUCUUUGCAAUGGAGAGCACCUACAGGCUGCGGCCUACACUGGAGCACUACGCCUGCAUGGUGGACCUCCUUGGACGGGCGGGCCGUCUCGAGGAGGCACGAGAGCUCAUCUCAUCGAUGCCCAUGCCAGCCGACGGUUCUGUGUGGGGUGCCCUUCUUGGGGCGUGCAAGAUACAUAAAAAUGUGGAGACAGGGGAGGAGGCUUUCAAGCAUGUUAUUAUGCUCGAACCGAGCAAUGUGGGCUACUACGUGCUCAUGGCUAACAUGUACACUGACAGUGGACAACAGGAUGGUGUCGCAAGGGUGCGGGCGAUGAUGAGGGAGCGUGGGCUGAAGAAGGAGCCCGGUGUAGCUACCUCGAACACAAGGGGAGAGUUCACCUGUUAA